AUGCCAUCUGAACACUCUCGUUCGUCAUCAGCCUCUUCAGUUACUUCACCCAUACCCACCAUCAAUGUCAAGCUUGUAAACCCUACAAAGCCUGCUGGGUCUUCCCUUAAUGAAACGCCUCUUUCUAGUAGCGUUCGAGGGUCUCAUUCAGAGCUACUGGAAAUAUUUAACGCUCGUAUAAAUGCAAAUGCAAGGGAACGAGGCAAUUCACGAGAUAGAAAUUCGCCAAGAGAUAAAAGUCCAGCUAGAGGAAAAAAACGGCCUAGAUCACGAAGUCCCGGACCUAAAAGUCCGAAAAAUUCAGGUUCUAACCAUAAUAGUAUGAAUAAUAGAGACUCGUCACGUUCUAAAAGUCCUCGGCCCGGUGAAAAUCUUUCUAGAUCUUCGUCACAAGAUGCUCGUUUAAAGAAUAAUGAACGAUGGGCUAGACUUAAUCUAACACAGACGACAAUCUCAGAUAAAGAUCAAAAAAAUAUUAUGGGUAAUUUUUUAAAGACAACACUUCGAGGAGGUACAACUAUACUUCGUCCGAAACUCUCUGUAGAAACUUUUAACAGUUUUGCUGGUGGUAAAUCCCUUCAAAGAACUCCGUCAGGACGUUCUGGUAGUUCUAAUAAUUCUUCACCGUUGCUGGUGCCUGGCGGAUUCCCAUUAAUGAGAUCUAGGAGCUAUAAUUCGGCGAUAGAUGAUGUUCAUCGAUUGUCAUCUAAAUUCCGUAAAGAAUUAGAAAAGCCACAUCCGCUGCAACAUUCUUGGACUAUGUAUUAUGAUAGCAAGCCAGUCAUGACUCCUGGUCCUAAAACUCCUACUUUGAAAACUUCGUACGAAGAAAAUUUGCAGAAAAUCGGAACUUUCAAUACAGUGGAAACAUUCUGUCAAUACUUCAAUUGGGUGAAAAAGCCUAGCCAAUUAGAAGUGAAUACUAAUUUCCAUAUUUUCAAAAAUAAAAUUAAGCCUAUGUGGGAAGAUCCAGCGAAUGAAAAUGGUGGAAAAUGGGUGAUUUCAAUGAGAAAUGCCCCGUUAUUGGAUCGUUGUUGGACUUGGCUUGUAUAUUCGUUGGUUGGUGAAGAGUUGGACGAAAAUGAUGAUAUAUGUGGUGCUGUGAUGUCGCGUCGAAUUCGAGGUGACAGAAUCGCUGUGUGGGUACGAGACAAGGAUAAUGUCUCUGUCAUUAAUGGAAUAGGGAGACGAUUAUUAAAAAUCCUUGAUUUACAAAAUGAAAAAGGCAUCGGGAUGGACUUUCAGUUUAAUGAAGAUGCACUCAAAUCCGGUACUUCGUAUAAUAAUCGAGUCUAUUUAUCACUGGAAAGCCUUAAACAAGAGCUUGAAAAUGAGGAAAAGGUUAAAAGAGAAGCCGCAGAAAAAGCAAAAUUGAAUGAAUCUCCGACUGAUAUUAUAACAGAAGAUGUAGAUGCCAACGACGCUGACCGUGACGAUAAUGUUAAUGGUGUAGGUUCUUUGGAAGAACAUCUUGGUAAAGUUACAGAUGAUGGCCAUCAUCAUGGUCAUGCAGACUCUGCCGAAAAAGAUUCCUCAUAA